GAAGAUAAUGGAAUCAUCGAUGGUUUUGCCCCAUCUUCCAUUUCAGACCUCCGCGCCUCAAUUUUGCCCACGUCACCGAGUUUUCCAGACAAAUAGAUACUAGCAUGGCCCAUAGGACGACUCCCAAAGCGACCCCUUUGCCAUGGGAAAUGGCUAAAUCUUUCCAACUCCAAGUAGUAAAGAGUUGUUGCGAUUGGGCAUUUUCCGAUAUCUCUCAACCAGACAGCGCAAUGACUCGGACCGUCGGCAUCUACAGCAUCACCAUGUCUCCGGUGUUGAACGUCGUCUUGUUCGGCAUAGACGAGUUGGGCCACAAGUUUCAUUUCCAGGCUAUACUAAAGCUCUAUGACCGUCGGUUUGGCGAACGCCUUCGCAUGUGUUUGGGCGAACACGUGCCCCAUACAGCGGAACGCGAGCUGGCUUUCCAGUCAUUUGUCCGGCGGGGGAUGAUGGACCGCUUUCUUCGCCGAAGGGAGGAAGUCCCCGAGGGCGAGGAAACGCAAAGACCACGCGGGAAGAAGCUUGAAGGCUCCAUCAACUUGCUGGACUCUCCAGAUACCGCACAGUAUUUUGAAGUCAAAGGCGUCAUCCUCGAACGAGUCCCUGGGUACCCUCUAAACGAGCUACCCACCUCUCCUCUAGCUCCAUCAAACAUGGUGCUAUGGCCAGGCAUUGUGCAGGCCGCCGUUGAUGCCGUGCAUGAGGUUGACAGUCGUGGGGUGCUCAACAAUAAUUGCGCGCCAUACAAUAUUGUGGUCAACUGCCGCUCGCAUACGCCCUUCAUCGUCUAUUUUGCGAGCUGCGACUUUAAGGAACUGCUAAUUCAACGAUGGAAGGAUACUGGAAGAAUGGAUGACGAUGACGAUCCGGAAAUUGAGUACUGGGAAGAAGUUGUGACAGCCAAUAAUGAGGGAGCGAUUGGAGCAGCUAUGACGGCGAGACUACGACGGAUGAAGGGUUUAGAGUUGAAGAUUCGGUAUCCGAAUAGCCAGAAAAUACUCGAGGACACGAAGAAGAGCAAGGGAAUUGAGUCGACAAAAGACAGGACCGGUAGCAGUGGGUGGAAGAUAAUGUACUGA